AAUCAAUACACUUGUAUUGUUCUUUACAAUACAUUACGGUUGUUUUAAAGAGAUGGCUACUGCAGGUUUAGACCCUGACACCGGACAAAGAAUCAUGGCUGCAGAACAAGAGGCUGAAGAAACUGUUUCUCAAGAGCUGCACAGCCCCCCUGAGCUGAGGAUCGUGCUGCUUGGGGGAGGCAGGGCUGGGAAGAAUGCAGCAGGAAACACCAUCCUGGGCAGGGAGGAGGGUAGAUCUGGACUAAGCCUCUGUACAGAAACAAGGGAGUGUGAGAAGAGAACAGGAGAAGUUGCUGGGAGACGGGUCACUGUGGUCAACACUCCAGACUUGUUUCACCCAGAACUACUCAAUAUUGAGAGAUGUGUUUCUCUGUCUGCACCGGGACCCCACGCUUUCCUCCUGCUGAUACGGGUGUAUCCAAAAAAAACUCCUGACACUCACCGUGAGUUAAUAGUAGAACAGGAUUGCAAAUCCUAUGAUAAAGUCCAGGAGCUGUUUGGUGAGAGAGCUGUGAGGAACACAAUGAUCCUUUUCACCUACGGGGAUUGUCUGAGAGGCAGGACAAUUAAGCAGUACAUUAAGGAAGCUGGUGAGGAGUUCCAGCAGCUUGUUGAGAAAUGUGGGAACAGAUAUCAUGUUCUCAACAAUAACAGGAGCGAUCACACUCAGGUCACACAGCUCCUGGACAAGAUAGACAACAUGGUGAAGGGAAAUGGAGGGUGCGCUUUCACCAAUGAGAUGUACCAGCAAGCAGAAAGAUGGAAUAGACUAAAGGAACAGGAGCUGAAUGAGAAACACAAAGAGGAACUGAGCAGGAAAGAAGAGGAGAUUAAACAGAAAUAUGAGGAGGAACAGUGUAGGAGAGAAGAGGAGCUGAAACAGAAAUAUGAGAAGGAACAGAGUAGGAAAGAAGAGGAGAUGAAACAUAAAUAUGAGGAAGAACAGAGUAGGAGAGAAGAGGAGCUGAUGGAGAAGUUGAGGAAGCAAAUGAAGAAAGAGAAGCCGGAGAAAGAGCCAGAGGAAUCCAAGCCGCCUAUCAGGAGAAGAGCUAGCAUUGAUUUAUCCACUCCCAACAUGUCUGGAGGAGCAGGGGCCACUCUAGAGAAACGUGAAGGAGAGACUCCCAUUGCAAACAGCCAAGCGCCUUCAAAAAAACAAUAAUAUGAGAAGAAAAAGGAGAAGGAGCUGGGGAAAGAGCCAGAGGAAUCCAAGCUGCCUGUCAGGAGGAGUAGCAUGG